UAUCAUUACCAUUUACCACCCUCCAUAUUCAAACUCCCUCUCUUUUAAACUCACAAACGCACUCAAAACACCGACACACACACACAGCAAGUCACCAGAAGAUACUUUCAGAAAAAUGGCGAAAGCAACGGUUGCUGUUGGAAAUAAGGACAAAACCCUUCAUCCCCCUUACUUUGAGAUGAUAAGCGAGGCCAUACUGACUCUGAAGGACCGGACAGGCUCGAGCCAGCAAGCAAUAGCGAAGUUCGCAGAGGAGAAGUACAAGAAAGUGUUGCCACCCAAUUUCAAGAAAGUCCUCUCUGUUCAGUUAAAGAGGUUUGUCAAGUCUGAGAGGCUUGUGAAAAUCAAGAACUCCUUCAAGGUCUCCUCCACCGAGAAGGUCAAGUUGGCAGUCAAAGAGAAAGAGACCCACAAAAAGAAGGAUAACAGCACCAAGACCAGGAAGGCCGUAACCCCCAAGAAGAUUGCAGAGAAGAAGGGUGUGAAGACCAAGAGGCUCAGUCAGGUUAAGACCCCGGAGAAGAACCCUAAGAAGAUUAAGAAGAAGAGCUUGACGCCGAUAAAGAGGAAGGCUCCAAAGCCACAGGGUUCCUCGAGGCCGGCCAAAAAGUCUAGGAACUAGGAAAUGUACUGCACUGGUUAUCUCCAUUAAUUAACUGUAUUCGUAGCUGUGGUAUUAAUUAUGGUAAAAUAUGUUACUUUUUAAUUUUGCCGCAUCUUGCGUGGAUAAUGUGGUACUGCAAAGAAUGCUUGUUGAUAUGGUUGCCUUGUCUAUUUCCAGUUUUUUAUUUUAUGUUUUGGAUAAACUUGUUCUUCUUCUUAA